AUGCUUUCUUUGAGAUCUUCCUUGAGAACUUCUUUGAAGUCUUUAGCUCCAUCCACUAGGAUGUUGUCUGGUUCUGCUGUUGCUGCUAAAUCCACUUACAGAACUCCAAACUUCGGUGAUAGCAUAAAGGAAAACAAUGAUCCAGACAGAAGCCGUUCCUACGCUUACUUUAUGGUUGGCUCCCUAGGUCUAUUGUCAUCCGCAGGUGCUAAAUCUACUGUUGACUCUUUCAUUUCUUCCAUGUCCGCUUCUGCUGAUGUUUUAGCUAUGGCUAAGGUGGAAGUUAGUUUAGCUGCUAUUCCAGAAGGUAAGAACGUUGUGGUUAAAUGGCAAGGUAAGCCAGUUUUCAUUAGACACAGAACUUCAGCCGAAGUUCAAGAAGCUAAUGAAGUGCAAAUGGCUGCUUUGAAAGAUCCUCAAACCGAUGCUGACAGAACCAAGGAUCCUCAAUGGUUAAUCAUGUUGGGUAUCUGUACUCAUUUGGGUUGUGUUCCAAUUGGUGAAUCUGGUGAUUUCGGUGGUUGGUUCUGCCCAUGCCACGGUUCUCACUACGAUAUCUCCGGUAGAAUUAGAAAGGGUCCAGCUCCAUUGAACUUGGAAAUUCCAGCUUACGAAUUCGAGGAAGAUGGUCAAAAAGUGAUCGUCGGUUAA